AUCACCAGUGAAUCUAUCUACACCACAUACUACGUCUCCACCUAAGUCAUCUGGCUACUCUUACCUACCACCGAGAGUGUCUUUCUCACUCCCAACAAAAUCGCCUUACACAAAUUUAAAGUUGAAAGUUAAAUUGCCUCCUCCGCAAUCUUCACAGCCACUGCAAUUAAAAGAAGCUCCUACAAAAGCUACACCAUCCACACAUAAUACUAAUGGAUACUCCUAUAAACCUCCCGACGUUCCAUUCAUCGUUUCUUCGAAAACAUUAAGUACUCAUUCAAAACCUCCAAAAAAAUUUGGAUAUUCCUAUACUCCACCACACACUCCUUUUAAUCCAACAACUUCACCCAAAGCGGCGUCAGUAGUUUCACAAUCGCCAACAGAUCAAACAAAAACAUCGGGUUAUUUAUAUAAUGCACCUAGGGUGCCGUUUAAUUUGCCUCAACGUUCAAAGGUUGGAUACACCUAUACACCUCCCGCAAUACCUUUUACAACUCCU